AUGUCCAAAAGGAGAAAAACUCAUGAUAGUUCAAGCUCUCCGGCUUCAAGCUCUCUACCUUCAAGCUCUCCGGCUUCAAGCACUCCACCUUCAAGCUCUCCACCUUCAAGCUCUCCGGCUUCAAAUUCAAUUGGUAUUGUAUCUCCUUCAGAUGCUAGUGUGCCAUUACAUGAGGAAGAAUUGAUUUAUGAUAUCGAAAAACUUCAUCAUGAUCCUAUUAGAAGAACCGAUAUAAUGAAAUAUCCUCCAAAUGAGCGAGAUACAAUUAGGAGGGCGUAUAUUCUUAGAAAACCUUGUCAGCCAAGAACUUUUUCUUUUCCUCAAAAAGAAGUUGGAGGUUCGCGUCGUCGGUUUAUGGUUUCAUGGUUUGAUAAAUGGGAUUGGCUUGAAUAUAGUAUGGAUGAAGAUGCUGCAUUUUGUUUUGUAUGCUACUUGUUCAAGAAUGAAGUUGGACAUGCGGGGGGUGAUGCAUUUGUGAAUAAAGGAUUUAAGUCGUGGAAUAAGCCGGACCGAUUUAUAAAACAUAUUGGUGGAGUUAGAAGUGCUCAUAAUAUUGCUUAUGAGAAAUAUGUGAACUUGAGGGAUGGCAAAAAGAAAUCGAUUUUGGUUUCUUUAGAUAAUGUUAGUGAUGUGAUUAACAACGAAUAUAAUGUUCGCUUGAAGGCUUCAAUUUCUUGUUUACGUUACCUAUUGGGACAAGGCAUGGCAUUUCGUGGUCACAGGGAAGGUGAAGAUUCCCUUAAUAGGGGAAAUUUUCUUGAACUUUUAAAAUGGUUGAAGGCACAUAAUGAAGUUAUUUCAAAAGUGACUUUGGAAAAUGCCCCUGGAAAUUGUCAAUUGACAUCUCCAACUAUUCAAAAAGACAUCAUCAAUUGUUGUGCUAAAGAAACAAUGAAGAGAAUUGUGGAUGAUCUUGGUGAUGACUACUUUGCUAUAUUAGCUGAUGAAUCUAGUGAUGUGUCCCAAAAGGAACAACUGGCUCUUUGUUUGCGCUAUGUUGAAAAGAAAAGGGGAAAGGUAGUUGAACGAUUCAUUGGUCUUGUGCAUGUUGGUGAUACUACAUCUUUGUCUCUUAGAAGUGCAAUUAUGACUUUACUUGUUGAACAUUCAUUAAGCCCAUCCAAGAUUCGAGGGCAAGGAUAUGAUGGGGCUAGUAACAUGAAGGGUGAGAUACAUGGACUCAAGACUUUGAUCAUGAAAGAUACUCCAAGCGCUUACUACGUACAUUGCUUUGCCCACCAGCUUCAACUAACAUUGGUAGCCAUUUCAAAAAAGAACGAUGAUUGUAGUUGGCUUUUUGAAACUGUUGGUAUUUUGUUGAAUGUAAUUGGAGUUUCUUGUAAGAGAAAUGAAUUGCUUCGCGAAGUUCAAGCACAAAAAGUUGCUCAAGCCUUGGAAAUUGGUGAACUUGAAUCGGGAUCGGGGUUGAAUCAAGAACUUAGUUUGAAGAGGCCUGGAGACACUCGUUGGAGUUCUCACUACAAGACUCUUUUGAAUAUCAUGGACUUAUUUUCUACAAUUUUUGAAGUUCUUACGAUGAUUGGAAAGAAAGAUUCCGUUUUCGAUGAUAAGGGAAAAGCUCAAGGCAUUUUUUACUUACUAGAGUCAUUUGAUUUCGUGUUUAUGGCACAACUAAUGACUACUAUAUUUGGGUACACUAACAAUUUGUGUCUUGCUUUGCAAAGAAGAGAUCAAGACAUCAUUAAUGCUAUGAGGCUUGUCACUUUAACCAAGGAUCAACUACAGAAAAUGAGGGAGGAUGGAUGGGAGAUUCACUUGAACAAGGUAAUCUCAAUUUGCAAUAAACAUGGCAUUGUUGUUCCAGAUAUGAAAGCUCACUAUAGCCCUCAUGGAAGAUCAAAACGUUUUGUUCAACAAGUUUCAUAUCUUCAUCAUUUUCGUGUUGAUGUGUUUAUCAAAGUGAUUGACUUCUUACUUCAAGAACUUGAUAAUCGAUUCGAUGAAGUUAAUAUGGAGUUGCUCAGAUGUAUGGCUUGCUUCAAUCCUAAAGAUGGCUUCUCUUCUUUUGACAAGGAAAAGGUACUCAAACUUGCCACUUUUUAUCCUUCCGAUUUUUCAAACAUUGAUUUGAUGGACCUUGAGUGCCAACUUGAUAUAUUCAUUGGAGAUAUGAGAAGUGAUGAAGACUUUCAGAAUUUGCGAGAUAUUAGUUCUCUUUUGAUGAAGCUUGUUGAAACAAAAAGAGAUGUGGUUUAUUCGCGUGUGGUUUUGCUUAUCAAGUUGAUUUUGAUUCUUCCGGUUGCCACUGCAAGUGUAGAGAGGGUGUUUUCUGGAAUGACAUUUGUGAAGAAUAAGUUGAGAAAUAGAAUGGGUGAUCAACCUUUGAACGAUUGUUUGGUCACUUUCAUUGAGAAAGAUGUGUUUCUACAAGAUGUUUUGGAGUGUGCCCAGGAAGAGAGUUUGAUUGUUGAUUAUGAUCGAGUUGGGGAAGGAUUUGAGGAUUCUAAUGAAAAGAUUGUACAUUCUUCUGCUUGUUUUUGUGGCGUUGAAAAUGUUGAUAUUGAUGGGAAUUUGGAAGCAGGGGAAGAGGAUGUUGCGAAAGAAAGGAAAAUUGUGGAAGAGGAGAAGUCGAAUUUGAUCAUGAUGGAUAAGUCUGAGCAUGUGUGUGUUGAAGAAGAUGCACGCACCCUCUCUAAUUCAGAUAGAAGGGAUGGAGUGCUGAGGAGAAUGUGCAUGGAGUAUCUGUUAGGCAUUCUUGUAUUCAUCUAA